AUGACCAGCCACGGCGUGGCUCGGUCCACACGAGCUCCUCGAACCAAAGAGCAGCGUCAUCAGGACAUUGAGAGGAUUCGCAAAUAUCGGGCCCUGGAAGACCAAGCUAGGUCUCGAGUGGCAGAGAAGCAACUUGACCAAGACACCUUUCUGCUCACGUCUCAGCUACUGCGACUCAACCCCGAGUACUACACAAUAUGGAACGUUCGCAGGCGCUGCCUGACAUCGGGGAUCUUGUAUGGAGCUUCGCAUAACCCAUCACCCUCGUCCUCGGCAGAGACCAGGUCGAGUCUAAAUCCCAAAGAAUCCAACAGCGGCAGUCCGACAUUGAAGCCUUGCGUGGGUGACGCUUCCCAGACUCCUCAAAAACAGAUCGAAGGCGUCAUUCGCUCCGAACUCGGAUUCACGGUGCCCCUCCUUAUUGAAUAUCCCAAGUGCUAUUGGAUUUGGAAGUAUCGUUUGUGGAUCUUGGAUCAAGCUACGGACAAGCUCUCUACUGGCACAGCGCGGGCCAUCUGGGAAGAGGAGCUGGGGCUUGUAUCGAAAAUGUUGCUCAAAGACCGCAGAAGCGCGGUCGAAUCCGAGUUUGAUUAUACGACCAAAGCGAUCCACGAGGAUCUCUCAAAUUUUUCCGCCUGGCACAACCGCAGCCAACUGAUUCCCCGCCUGCUGCGGGAGCGGGGAGCUGACAACGCUUCUCGAAAGGAGUUUCUUGAUGAUGAGCUUGAUACUAUACGCGAGGCUCUCAACGUUGGACCGGAAGAUCAGUCUCUCUGGUAUUACCACCACUACUUGUGCUUCAAUUUGAUCGAAUCCAGUGGCAGCCGCGCCAUAGUCCCUCACAUGCCCGCGGCGGAGCGAAAAACCUACGUAAUUGCCGAGAUCGCCAAUAUUCGAGAGCUCGCCAAGGACUUCCGAGAUAUUAAGUGGGUCUACGAGGCCCUUAUCGAGUACACGCUCGCCAUCAUUCAGCUAGACAGCCGAUCUGUUCAAAACGAAGAGAAGAGAGAGAUUUCACAGUGGCUUGCGAAGCUGAGAGAGUUGGAUCGAAAGCGCAGUGGUCGCUGGGAUGACUUUGAGACCCAGCUUGGUCUCACAUGA